AUCACCAACUGACGUCUCGCGCCCUCCCCUCGCGACAGUCAAAUCAAAGCGACUCGGCGGCCAGAGAGGCACGCGCGUCUUCCUCCUCCUCUCCGGCAAAGUUAACGACCACGAGAAGAAGAAAAAAACACACACAGCAGAAAAAGAAAAAGAAAAAUGGACGAAAAGGCGUUUACGAAAGAACUCGAUACGUGGAUCGAGCAGCUCAACGAAUGCAAGCAGCUGUCGGAGGGACAAGUAAAAUCACUGUGUGAAAAGGCGAAGGAGAUCCUCACCAAGGAGUCGAACGUCCAGGAGGUGAGAUGUCCGGUGACGGUGUGCGGCGACGUGCACGGCCAGUUCCACGACCUCAUGGAGCUGUUCAAGAUCGGAGGGAAGUCUCCCGACACAAACUACCUGUUCAUGGGCGACUACGUGGACAGAGGGUACUACUCCGUGGAGACGGUCUCUUUGCUCGUAUCGCUCAAGGUCCGCUACCGGGAGCGCAUCACGAUCCUGAGAGGGAACCACGAGAGCAGGCAGAUCACACAAGUCUACGGCUUCUACGACGAGUGCCUACGAAAAUACGGCAACGCCAACGUUUGGAAGUACUUCACAGACCUGUUCGAUUACCUCCCCCUCACCGCCUUGGUAGACUCUCAGAUCUUCUGCCUUCACGGAGGCCUGUCGCCGUCCAUAGAUACUCUGGAUCACAUCAGAGCGCUGGACCGCUUACAGGAAGUGCCACAUGAGGGUCCCAUGUGCGACCUCCUGUGGUCCGACCCCGACGACCGCGGCGGCUGGGGCAUCUCCCCUCGAGGGGCCGGCUACACCUUCGGUCAGGACAUCUCGGAGACGUUCAACCACGCCAACCGCCUCACGCUGGUGUCCCGGGCCCACCAGCUGGUCAUGGAGGGUUACAACUGGUGCCACGAGAGGAACGUGGUGACGAUAUUCAGCGCUCCCAACUACUGCUACCGCUGUGGCAACCAGGCGGCCAUCAUGGAACUAGACGACACCCUCAAAUACUCGUUUUUGCAGUUCGACCCGGCGCCUCGCAGAGGGGAGCCCCACGUCACCCGCCGCACCCCCGAUUACUUCCUGUAACCUUUUGACCUUUCCUGACCCCUGUAAAGUCAGGUCCGGUAUUGCCAUGAUGGAUGACCUUCAACCAGGACAAGGACAGUGUGGUGGGGGGGGGGGGGAGGGGGCUACACAGCAGUGCACAUUGUAUAUCCACACAAAGAGCUAUUUAAGCAUUUAGCAACAAAAACAAACGUCUGUGCGUCUCUGGACCAAAAGGUGCGUGACAAUAAUCACAACAAUAUUCGUUGCUGAGAACGUGUAUUUUAAAAACAGCAGUCCCCCCCCCCCCCCCCCCCCACACACACACACACACACACACAUGCCAUGGCUUAUAUCUAGAAGAUCUGAACUUGAUCUGUUUGCACUUUUGUAAAGUUUAACAAAUGUAACAUAUGUCAAAAGAUGAAAAUUAUUUCACACUAAAGAAGUUUUUUUUUUUUCUUGUUUUUUUUUGAUUUUUGAGACUUUUUUUUUUUUUUUUAAGAUGAACAAGAAAAGCCCCCAUCGGGCAAAGUGUUUCUUUGUCCCGUGUCAGUGGGGAGGAACGCCUUUCCCACGCAGCUCGGUGUACACUAACGAGUUUAUUCUGAGUGUUAACCAAACAUUUGAAUAAUAAAGACGAAGGUGGCUCCUGA